UGCGGACGUGUACUACCAAGCGCUCCUCGACUGACUCGUAUUUUAUACCCCCGUGAUCAGUGCAGUGCAGAGUUACCUCCCCCUGUGCAAAGCAACGGAAGAAAUCAUUCCCUUUCGCGCAUUUUCUCAUGCUUGCUUUUUCCCUCAUAAGGCAAAUUUGUCGAGCAGCUCGUCGAACUACCCGUCCCAGGCUCUGCUUCCUACCCCUCGUCUGAGCGCGCUGUCGAAGGUUUGGAUGGUGCGUCAGACGGCCAAUAGCUGUCAGCCGUCUUGCGUUGUCAUUCUUUGAGUAGUGCUAUCUCUUUCUCGCGUGCAGCCCAAUUUUAAGACCGGUGUUGGUACCGACAGAAAAUGUAAACAAACGUCAACACAAAUUCAACCAGUGCUCAUCCUUCCCGUGAAAAGUUUCCCGAUAGAAAGCGUGAAAAUGGCCCCGAAUCAGGACAAGAAAAGUGGCUUGAUGUCCCACGCAAUUGCCCGGCUCUACAAGCAACGUCUGGAGGAAGUGGAAAGGGAACUCCUUAUUGCCCAGCAGUCAGAACCUCCGACUGUGGAUGACCGAGCGCGUGAUGCUAUGCCAGUGCAGUUUGAAGAUGUUCUGAUGCCCAUGGAAGUGAUCGACGAUGCUGCUCCGCUUAGCAAAAGCAAGGAGGAAGGUACGACCGACGCAAGCAGCGGCGAGGAUACAGACGUGGAGGAUAUCCAGGUCGAGGUAGUAAUGCCAGACCAUCAGUACGGAGAUCUUUCGUGUGAGGAUUUUUUUCUAUUCCAGCGAUUGUCAGCCAACCCAGGAGGGGUUCGAGUUGAACAUUUUUGUGGAUGGCCUACCCCUGUACAAGAGCAGUCGGACCCAAUUUUGGCCGAUUCUCAUGCAGGCUCAUAACGUU